AUGUUGACAGAAGUAAACGCAACCACAAAUGGAACACGAGAAACGAGCUGCUUUGAUUCAACAGCAGCCAAAGCCGGUACAACCACAGUUCUGUGUGUGCUCUUCGUAGCUUCGCUGGUUGGAAACAUCUUCAUCGCACUGGUAGUAUACAAGACGAAAACCCUAAGAAAACCCAUCAACUUUUUCAUUCUAAACAUGGCCAUGUCCGAUCUUCUAUUUCCGAUUUUCCUGUUUCCACGUAUUGUGACCGGGUUGUACGUCGAUUUCUGGCUGAUCGACGGGCCUUUCGGCGAAGCGAUGUGCAAAAUUUUUUCUUACUCAAUCGAGGUUUCCGUUCUUGUGUCUAUACAAAGCCUGGUUCUGGUGGCUGUUGAUCGUUUUGGAGCUGUGGUAUUUCCUUUCCGUUCUCCCUUUAUCAGUACUAAGUUGUGUCGUUUCUUUAUUCUCGCCACUUGGAUCAUCUCCGUCGCUAUCAAGUCCCCAGAACUGUUUGCCUGGAAACUUAUUGAGAAUGGAAAUGGGUUCGCGUGUAAGUUGCGAUGGAAGGACGCGUUUGAAGAUUCAUUUCCCUAUGAAAGCUUCAUUCUAGCAUUGAGCAUUGUAUGUUGGUAUAUUCCUUUGGUUUUGAUCGCCAUACUCUACGUCACCAUUGUGUACAAAAUUAAAUCCCAGAGGACCCCAGGCGAGCAAUCAGUGAACGUAAGAGAACAACGUUUGAAGAGAGACAGAAAUGUUUUUAAGAUGUCUGUUGCUGUCGUGUUGGUGUUCACAUUGUGCUGGAUGCCUACCACCAUCCGGAUGUUGCUAAGACUAUUCGUCAGACAAAAUUAUGAUAUCAUCUUGUAG